CAACAGUUUGACAGCCUGUUAGAUAGCUAACAGCCACCGAAAAGACGGCUUCCUGCAUCUAGUUUGAUUUAGUUUGACCUUCUAUUUUCCUGGGGGUUUCUUUGUUUUGUUAAUUAGCUUGCUAUCAUGACGUCCAUAGAUGACAGUAACAAGGAAAAGCUGCGCUCUGUGUCUGUGGACUUGAACAAUGAUGCCUCGCUUGUCAUUGAUAUUCCUGAUGCUCUAUGUGAAAGGGAUAAAGUCAAGUUCACAGUCCAUACAAAGACGACCUUGAGCUCCUUCCAGAAACCAGAAUCCUCUGUUCCCCGGCAGCAUGAAGAUUUUAUCUGGCUGCAUGACACUCUGGUUGAAACCGAGGACUAUGCUGGUCUAAUCAUCCCUCCAGCUCCCCCGAAGCCAGAUUUUGAGAGCCCAAGGGAGAAGAUGCACAAACUGGGGGAAGGCGAAGCCACAAUGACUAAAGAGGAGUACACUAAAAUGAAGCAAGAGCUGGAGGCUGAAUAUCUGGCUGUAUUUAAGAAAACCGUUCAAGUGCACGAAGUCUUCUUGCAGAGAUUGUCUUCGCACCCCGUUUUAAGCAAGGACAGAAACUUCCAGAUUUUCUUGCAGUAUGACCAGGAUCUCAGCGUGAGGAGAAAAAAUGCCAAGGAAAUGUUUGGAGGAUUCUUCAAAAACAUGGUGAAGUCUGCCGACGAGGUCCUCAUCUCAGGAAUUAAGGAAGUGGAUGACUUUUUUGAGCAGGAGAAAACAUUUUUGCUUGACUACUACAGCAAAAUAAAAGAUUCCACUGCCAAAGCUGAGAAAAUGACACGUUCACACAAAAAUAUCGCAGAUGAUUACAUUCACAUUUCUGCCACUUUGAACAGCAUCUGCGCUGAGGACAGUACACCAAAUAAGAAGAACAUGGAGAAGCUGUCAGACUUGUUUGAGAAGCUCAGAAAAGUGGAGGGAAGGGUAGCAUCUGAUCAGGAGCUGAAACUCACAGAGCUGCUGAGAUACUAUAUGAGGGACAUCCAGGCAGCUAAGGACCUUCUGUACAGACGAGCCAGAGCAUUAGUUGAUUACGAGAACUCUAACAAGGCCUUGGAUAAAGCCAGACUUAAGGGCAAGGAUGUUGCCCAAGCAGAGGAACACCAGCGGCAGUGCCUACAGAAAUUUGACAAGCUCUCAGAAUCUGCUAAAAAAGAACUCACCAGCUUCAAGGGCAGACGAGUUGUUGCCUUCAAGAAAAAUCUCAUAGAAAUGGCUGAGCUUGAGAUAAAACAUGCUAAGAACAAUGUGGCUCUUUUGCAAGGAUGCGUUGACGUCCUCAAGGGCAACUGACGCGUUAAAGUAUUAAUGUCCCAGCACCACCAAGUGACCAAUCCUUGCAAAUGGAAACCCAACAUUCCCAGGAUGUUUCAUCGAAAUGAUGC